AUGGAGGUCCAAUAUCUCUUUCUUUUACUAUGUGUAUUUUGGAACGGUUGCGAUGCUAUAAUGUGGAGUUUAGCACCAAACACACAAAAGUGUUUAAAAGAGGAACUACACGCUAAUGUGCUUGUAGCUGGUGAAUAUGAGGUUACCGAAGCUGCUGGACAACGAAUUGAUUACAUUGUCCGUGACUCAAAAGGUCAUAUACUUGCACAAAAAGAUGGCAUCACCAAAGGAAAAUUCACUUUUGUAACAGAAACAUAUGAUACAUUUGAAGUUUGUUUCAUAUCAAAAGUGCCUCAAGAACGUCGCGGUGUUGCCCAAGAAGUGUCAUUGGACAUCAAAGUUGGUAUUGAAGCAAAGAACUAUGAAGGCAAUCCUUGGAUUGGAGAAGCGGCGAAAUUAAAACCGAUGGAACUCGAGUUGAAGAGAUUAGAAGAUUUAUCAGAAGCUAUUGUACAGGACUUCACUCUUAUGAGGAAGAGGGAGGAGGAAAUGAGAGAUACUAAUGAGUCAACAAACAAUCGUGUGCUAUUUUUCAGUAUAUUUUCAAUGGUCUGCCUCUUGGGUUUGGCCACAUGGCAAGUAUUGUAUCUACGUAGGUACUUCAAAGCCAAAAAACUUAUUGAAUAA